CUCGAGUGCGCGUCAGCGCGCGGGCGCACACUCCACAGCGAAGCUCAGAGGCUAUCAGCUCAGUUUUGACAGCGCGAGGUCUGCGAAUCGCCGGGCCUUUCCUCCUUGCUCGCUCUGCUUCUCGAGUGUCUUGAGAGAUAUAUACGCAGGGCCGGAGUCAGUCGCACGAGCAGACAGGCCGCAAAGUACGGACGUCGCGACAGCCGCGAUGGCUUCUUCUACGCAGCGCACUCCGUUCUUGGUCUUCGUUUUGGCCGCGUUCUGCGUGGUCUGCAAUGGCCAAAGUAGAUUGUACGCCCGGCUAGACAAAGUUGAGACGCUCAUCACCGAAGUUCGAGACCAGUUACAUAUAGAGAACAACCUACGGACAACGCAGACGGUGAGCUUUCAAAUGGCACUGGAUAAGGUCCAGAAGCAACUGGAAGACGUAUCUUCCAAGAUCGGCCGUACAGCGAGUAGCGGUGGCGGUGGCGGUGAAGGUUCUGUGGAGUUCAACAGCCGCCUGAGAAGCCUCGAGUCGGCCUUUAACAACCUUCAAGGGGACGUAGGAGGCAAGGUGGACACGAGCAUAGCAAAGCUGACCGAGGUCGAGACGAGAACGGCACGCAUGAAGGACGACAUGGACAGCAAGCUGAAGAAGGUCAUGAACGGGAUAAACACAAUUUACGACAUGAACAAAGAGCUCAAGAACACCAUGACCUCUGCUUCUCGCGCCGUCACGGAGCCAGAGUCGGCGCGAAGAGAAGGUUCUCGCCGCGGUGGAGGCUCGGCCGACACGUCACUGUCCUUCCUGGUGGACACUAUCGACGACACCCAGAGGAAGAUGCACGAGCAGCUGGACGUGCUGAAGAACCUGAUGGGCAGGAAGCUGGAAGGGCUGGAAGUGCUCACGAACAGCCUCAUUGAACAGAACGACGCCCUGCUGAACGAACUGGAGGCGUUCAAGGAGCAAUGUCCGGGUACUGCCAUCAACGCGCGCUCGUUGGACUCUCCGCCUGUUACUCCACGGCCUCCGAGGAAUGGAACCGGAAGCUCAGACGUUGCGAACAGGAUGCUGUUGGAGAUUAAAGUGAGUCAACUGGAGAUGAAGAACGACUUCAGCAAGAUGAUGCGGGAAGUCGAGAACAGCCUCACCGACAUCAAGGAGUGCCGUGUUCCCGGAGGCCCCACUCCCGGAAAGACGUUCGAAGCCAGGUCUCCCAAAGGAGUCGGCGACGGAGAUGACUUGACUGCCUCGGAAAGCAUCACGACGUCACGUCGAGCCCCAGUUUCCAGCGUGCAGUCCGUGGGUGAAAAAUGCGUCUCGGCGUCGCACGUGAUGAGCCCUCGAAACUGCGCAGAUCUACGCACUGGUGGCGCGACGUGCGAUGGCGUAUACAUCGUGUACACGCAGGGAGUCAGAGCUGUCAGGGUCUACUGCGACAUGGCCACCGAUGGCGGAGGAUGGACGGUGCUGAUGCGCCGGGGCAACUUCACCCAGUGGCCGCUGACCUUCGAGACGGACUGGAACAGCUACAAGCACGGCUUCGGCGACAUCGAGCGCGAGUUCUGGCUGGGCAACGACCUGAUGCACAUGCUGUCCACCGAGCACGACAUGAUGCUGCGCGUCACGCUCGAGUCGUUCGAAGGCGAGACCAUCGACCUCGACUACGAGGCGUUCGUCGUCGGCUCCGAAAACGACCACUACCGGCUGCGCGUCGGCUCGUACGUCGGCGCGCACCCGCGCGUCGGCAACUCCCUGCGCCGCCACAGCGAGCAGCUCUUCAGCACCCACGACCGGGACGCCGCGCGCCGCGUCAACAACUGUGCGCGCACGCACAAGACCGGCUGGUGGUUCCACAGCUGCUACAGCGUGCUGCUCACCGGCGAGUACGCGAGCGACCGCAGCGCGCCCACCACCAAGGGCAUCCGCUGGCCCGCCUGGAAGACAGUGCCCCUCAAGGCGGUCGAGAUGAAGAUCCGCCCCAAGAACUUCAUCCCGCAGUGAGCGCGAGGACGCUUAUACUGCUUACGUCACGUUCUUACGCGGACGCCAACGGUAUACCGACACAGGGAAGAGACACCGACGAGUGUGUUCCUGCAGGGGCGCCUUUUGAAGACGCGCUCUGUGAGAGCUGCAUUUGCGGCUCGGAUAAUUUCACAUAAUGCGACUGGAAGACUGAACCACGUCCAAAUAACGUGGCGAUGUAGUGGAAGGUAUAGCAGCAGUCCGGCAAACCAAGAGCGUUAUCAUGCGAACGGACGCGUGUCUGCUCCUCAUAUCAGUAAGUUCACGUAUGCCCUUAUAGUUGACGGAGCAUUUUCUGCUAGGAUUGUAUAGCAAAGUCUAGAUCGCAGUUUUCAAAGCAUGCUUAGGGACGGCCGCUCCAGUGCCAUAUUAUUGUAAAACAGAGCAUUGUCCUUUUUUCCCCUUGCGACUGGAUAAAUACAGUAUACUUGGUUGAAUCUGCAGAUCUUUUUGUUCGUACGUCCUCUUUUCGUGCCAUUGGUUGGCAAACCUUCGAUAUGUAUCCAGCAUUAGGAUCGGCUGAAAAGUAAUCUUACGAACAAUUUCAUCGUAAGAAGUUUUUGUAAGUAUCAACCUUGGAAUGGAGUAUGUAUAUAGAGACAAUGUCGCCAGAUUGAGCAACCUUCGGGGCCCACGCGACCUGCAGGUUCUCACGUUCAGGUUCUCCUGACUUACGAAGACGUUUUCGCAAACAUGAAUGGUCAGAGUUGAGAAAGCGAUUACAAACCGUUCUUUUACGCGAACGAAUAGUUUUGUAAAUCCAAUCCUCCGCCUCCUAAGGAAGAUGUCGACGUUUCUGUUACCUGCUUCUCGAAAGGAAUGCGGGUCGUUUGAGGAGGGAAUGCGUGUCUACUCUGCGUAUCCCUCACCCCGUUCACUAUCCCUAAAGCUGUAAAGACGCGCGAAGGUCACGCCCCAUUCAAUGCUCAGUAGCAGGCAUUAGCAAAAUCUCUGAAGCUUUACAAAUUGGCACCUGUGUUUGGUUGGCCAUCCGACCGUUCAACCUGCAAUAUAGCUCUAUUGCGUAAAAGGAGAUGGUCAUCCAACCAGUCGUCAAACGAACCAGCGUUCUCUUACACGAUUCGAAUGUAAACUUUUCCGUUUCAUAAGACUGGCCGUGGGUGAGGUCUUCGCUGUAUGGUCGGAAAAACAUGACGCCACAUCACGACGUCAGUUACAAACUACAUGUGGGCCUUGCCAAUUGUGAAAUUUUAUACUUUGUGAGCCUGAAUCGGAAAGUUAUUCCGCGAGUCGGGUAGUCCAAUACGGCUACCAGCAGCUUGCUAGCCUUUGGAACUCCCGAAUUCACAAAAGUACCAAAUCUCGCGGACUGGACACCGGGGUUUGUAUGCGAAAGAAGAAUUUGAAUCCUUCGGGAAGGGAGUAACGUUUAAUUGCCAAAAAGGGUACUGCGGUAGGACGCUAUAACUAGCGUAGAAAUUAUAAGAAAUCGGGAACGUACGAAUAACUGAAAUACCGUCCGAAACAUGGCAAAUCUCAGAAUAAGAACGAUGGCUUUUCAGAGCGUCUAGAAAAUGGGCGUGCACAGCCAUUGUAUGUUACGUCUGUGAGUGCGCUACAGUUUGCGUUUGCAUUGUGCCAGAUUAUUGUGUUGUUAAGCGUGUAUUUGCUGUGAAUGGAUAUUAGCUUUUUUUUUUCUUUUUUUUGACAUGUAAUGGUGAGUGUGUACUAGUGUUUGCCCUUGUGUCAUGAUAUUACCAUGUAUAAGGUUGAACUUGUCAGCCGGAACUAUGGCAGAAACUAGCUGGGCAGGAGAAAACAAGAAGCCAUUCUGAAAAUGUACUCAAUGUCGUGGUCCCAGCAGGAUAGCACAAUAGUUCAAGACCUCACAAGUGAUGCAUGCAGGCGCUGUUUUUACUCGGUUUUGCAUCUUUAGGUGCUCAUCAUGAGAUCCACACGUGCGUGAUUCCUGUGUGGAUUGUUUGUACGAGAUGACUUUCUCUUCAUCUAAAUACCUUGUUCCCUCUGGUCUCGUCAUGCGACUGGCUCAUUGGCGUCAUCUCACAGCAAAGUACGCAUACAUCUCGAUUAUAAGGGGCUACAAGUUGCGUGUUUAAGUUAAUCUAGAUGUCGAUUAUCCGCCUUUCUCGCUCGCUCUAAGGUACAAUAAGAAAGCUGUUAUAAUUAGCAGCGCAGUUCUUAAUUUGCGUUUCUUCGGUUUGGCCUCCUAAAAGAAUAAAAGCUCUAUCAAAUAAAACAGUAACUGAAAGUCGUUUGACUUCAACAGUUCGAACUGUAUUAAUAGGUGAUAUGAGAUGGAUAUAGAAUAUGGAAGACGAGAAAACUUACCGCGAAAAAAAAAAAAACGAGAAGAACAAUAACAACAACGUCCGGCUGGCUGCUUUACACCAGAGGGAGGAGAGAAUAGAGAGAUUUCAUUUUUCAAAGUGGUGAUUCGCAUGAGGAAGGCUUAGCAGCACUUCUUUAAGAUCUCUUGCAGGAAAUGAUAUGUAUAAUCAAAUUGAUUUCUGCGCAAUUUGCGCUUCACUUUGAAACAGCAGAGCUCCGACUUGCCUGAGCGAUGGCUGGGACUUACAUGUAUGCAGUGUAAAAAGAGCAGCUGUUAUUGCUGUUGAAAUGAUUAUUUCGCGUAGGUUCAAGAGACAAAGCCAGUCAUAGAACGAGCUAUGCCGAAGUUCCACGAUUGCGCACGACCUAAUAUGGCGAAAUUUUCUUGAUUUUCGACUAUUAAUAGCUGCACGUCUUGUUGGUAUACUCCCCCCUCCCCCCGUGUAGGGUAGUAAACUGGACUCAGUCUGGUUGACCUCCCUGCCAUUCCUUCCUCCCUUUAUGCUCUCUCUCUCUCUCUAGUACACCCGAUUCAUUUAUCUUCAUUGGUAGACAUUUUCGUGUAUAAUUUAAAUACGGUACACAAAUUAUGAAACAGUUCGUUCGAGUGUCUGUUCGUAAUGACAAUCACACAUUUACAAAAUAACAAAUACUGCGUUGACAUUGUUGCUAAGAGUGCUAUUGUAUAUGUGCUGGCAGCUGCUUGCUUGUGAAAGCAAAGCUAAUUUUGUUUAUUGAUACGUGGCGCUUAGUGCUGUGAUUGAAUCUUUUUUAAAUCCACGUAUUUGUGUGCAUGUGUACGCGCGUGUGUGUGUCAGUUCAAGGUCGCGUAUUCUUUACGAGGAAAACGUAUCUGCGUGUUUACCGUGGCCAUUGAUAAACUUUACACGGGGAUGCGUUAUAUUAGAAAAAUAAAUAGCUCUGAAACAUUCGGGUAUGCUUUACUGAUGUGUAAAUAGACCAGAAGUGCGAAAUAAAGAGACAAUGAAGCUAGU